UGACAGGUGACAUUGACAUUUUGGGUUGUCAUUUUCCAUUUUGUAAAUAAACAUAACCUAAAAAAGGUUUCAUUUAUUUUUAUUUAUUAUUUUAAUAUUUACUAAAUGCUAUCCCAUGAAAAUGGCCCCUAUACAUUUAUUUCAGUUUUAUCUAUACAGUCUUUGUAUUCAUAUCUUCACAAUAUUUGUUUAUCUCACGUAUUACAGUGAUUUGUUUACAUCAUCUCUUUACAAUCAAAUUAAGCCGCAUUACGAUUAUAUUAUUGUUGGGUCUGGUACAGCGGGUUCGCUAAUCGCUCACAGAAUAGCCACGGAAACGAACUUCACAUACCUAGUGAUCGAGGCUGGUGGUAGUGGCAACGCAAUACUGGACAUACCUGUGUUUGGCCCCCUGCUGCACCGCUCCGUCUUUGACUGGCAGUUUGAGACAACACCACAGGAGCAGGCAUGCUAUGCUAUGAAGGAUAAGAAGUGCAGACUACCGCAAGGAAAGAUAGUGGGAGGCUCAGCCAAGUUGAACAACAUGGUGCACGUCCGAGGGAACAUCUCCCACUAUGUGACCUGGUUCCAGGGCAAAUACAGCAAAAGGUACAUCAUAGAACAGUUCAAACAUGUUGAGAAAAAUAUUUUACACCUUGAUAAUAUUAGGUACAAAAGCAUACUAGCUAAUUCCAUGUUAAAAGCCGCCAAAGAGCUUAGUUACAAAAAUAGAGAUGUCAAUAUAGAAUAUGGGGAAACUUUCAUGAGAAGUAGGGUAUCCCAGAGCCAUGGCAAACGGUGGGCCACAUCAGAAAAUUUAAAAUAUACCAGUAAUUUAGUGACACAUGCUCUUGUGGAGAAAGUUGUCAUAGACAAGAAAAAUAUUGCCAGGGGUGUCAUAAUUUCCCGGAAAGGUGAGAAAUAUAUGAUAACUGCCAAAAAAGGAGUUAUUAUCUCAGCUGGGACUUUUAACUCCCCCAAAAUACUUCAGCUAUCUGGAAUUGGACCUAGAAAAUUACUAGACUCGUUAGAUAUUCCUGUUGUCCAAGAUUUGCCAGUUGGUUAUAAUCUCCAAGAUCAUGUCACCACUGGAUUAGAUUUAGUUACUUUCAACAAAUCUCUUGAUAUAGGUCCUGAUGACAUGUUGAACUUGAUCAAUGUUUUUAAAUACUAUGUGUAUGGUAGAGGCCCUUUGACCUCGCCUGGUUGCGAAGUUGUGGGCUUUUUAUCAACCAAGAAUGAUACCAUUCCUGAUAUACAGUUCAUGGUGUUGCCAGUAGGCCUUUCAUCAGAUAGAGGAGCUUAUUUGAAAAAUGGGUUGGGAGUAACAGAAGAAGUAUGGAAUAACUAUUUUGUUUCCACCUUUAACCAGCAUGCAGCAACAAUUCUACCAAUUUUACUGCAUCCAAAAAGCAGAGGCUCAGUGCAAAUACAGAGUACAGAUCCUCUAAUCGCACCAUUAAUUAAUCCAAAGUAUUUGACUGAUGAAGAGGAUGUGAACACUUUGAUAAAAGGUUUAAAAUUCGUUAAAAAGUUUAUUGAUACCAAAGCUAUGAGUGAUAUUGGAGCUGUGUUAAACCCAAAUCAUUUUCCAGGGUGUCACAAGUAUAAAUUGUUUAGUGAUGCCUAUUUUAAGUGUUACAUAAAACAUUUGACUCUCACUAGCUACCACCCUGUAGGAACAUGUUCUAUGGGGUUGCCACGUGACAAAAAGUCUGUUGUUAAUCUGUCUUUUCAAGUGAUUGGAGUUAAGAAGUUGUAUGUUGUUGAUGGAUCGGUGUUACCGACUCUACCUGGUGGUAAUAUUAAUGCUGUUAUAGCUAUGAUGGCGAAUUUGUUCUUUGAAGAUACUAUAGGCUAUGAGAUAUUCUGUAGAAAUCGCAAUAAGCUACUAGAAUAUAUGUUUCUUAUGUGUUUGUUGAACUAAGUCUUAAUCUAGUCAAAUUAUAUUAAAAGACUGUUUAAAUUAAGUGCUAUGGUACCAAAAUUUAUUAAUUUAGUGAGUAAAUUAAAUGUGAUAUCUGUU